AUGGCUAAUAGCAACAAUAUUUUGUUUCUAUGUUUCUUAAUCGGUUUAGGGUUAUGCUCCGCAAGAAGAUCACUUCUCACCCACUCUGAAUCCGAGGCUGAAGUCGCUGCCUAUAGUGGCAUUGAUGGUACUGGAGGAGGAUCUGGUUACGGUGCCGGAGGUGGAGUCGGAUACGGUGGUGGUUACGGUGCCGGAGGUGGAGUCGGAUACGGUGAUAGUUACGGUGCCGGAGGUGGAGAUGGAGCUGGGGGAAAUGGUGGUGGAGGAGGUGGAGGAGGUUAUGCUGAUGCUGGACGUGAACACGGUGGAGGGGGUUAUGCUGCAGCUGGACCUGGACAAGGUGGGGGAGGUUAUGCUGCACCUGGACCUGGACACGGUGGCUAUUGA